GAUUUUUCAAACAAAAUGGCUCCGUCAAUGAGUCAGUUUGAAAAUACACAGGGAGGUAAAGGCAUGGAGAGUUGGGAUGAAUCAGCUGCGCCCACUGUGGCAGAAUUGCCAGAAAUCAAAUUGUUUGGAAAAUGGUCAACAGAAGAUGUUCAAGUCAGUGACAUCAGUUUAACUGAUUACAUUGCUGUUAAGGAGAAGUAUGCCAAAUAUCUACCUCACUCCAGCGGUAGGUACCAGGUCAAGAGGUUCCGUAAGGCACAAUGUCCAAUCGUUGAACGUCUUGUCAAUUCUCUGAUGAUGCAUGGCCGAAAUAACGGCAAGAAGUUGAUGGCUGUCAGAAUUCUGAAACACGCCUUUGAGAUCAUCCAUCUUCUUACAGGAGAGAACCCUCUCCAAGUUUUAGUGAAUGCCAUCAUCAACAGUGGACCACGUGAAGACUCAACACGUAUUGGACGUGCCGGUACCGUGAGACGUCAGGCUGUGGAUGUGUCCCCACUCAGACGUGUGAACCAGGCAAUCUGGUUGCUGUGCACAGGUGCACGUGAUGCAUCAUUCAGAAACAUUAAGACUAUUGCUGAAUGUUUGGCUGAUGAACUUAUCAAUGCUGCAAAGGGAUCCUCAAAUUCCCAUGCUAUCAAGAAGAAGGACGAGUUGGAGAGAGUUGCCAAGUCUAAUCGUUAAAUUAUACAUAGACUCUCAUUUUACACUGCUUGUCUUAACUGGUGGUGAAAACAAAGAAAAAAAAUCUCAUAAUACAA